AUAAUGGCGCCAAAGGCAAUCCUCAAGACCUCCAAUGACCUCUUGAUCUGCACCGCUUGCGGCACCCAAUUCGACGUCACAGGUUCGUCGAAUAAGAAGGUGUGUCGGGACUGCGAUGAUCCACGACAAUUCGUCUCCCCUACCGGUCAAGCCUUCACCACCCUCUCCAAGAUCCGUGAAGCAGGCCACAGAAACACCUUCAAAAAAGACGAAAACAACUCACCAACCUCACAGUUCUCAAUCGGCGAACGCACCAUGCUCCUCCAAACCCCCAACGGCAACGUCCUCUGGGACCUAAUCACCCUCCUCGACCAAGAGACCGUGGACAAGCCCCAAAUCAACUCCCUAGGCGGCAUCGCCGUAAUCGUAAUCUCCCACCCGCACUACUACACCGCCUACGCCGACUGGACCCUCACCUUCCACUGCCCGAUCUACACCGGCGCCGCCGACUUCCCCUGGCUCGAGCGCACCUCCACCCAGGCCUAACCCUCCGCCCCAUAACCGCCCACCUGACCCCCAUCCUCCCGGGAAUCACCGCCGUCCUCUACGGCGGGCAUUUCCCCGGUAGCUUAUGCUUGCACUGGGACGCUUAUUCUUCACUUUUCAUCGCGGACACCGUCGUGACGGUGCCCAGCGCCUCGAACCCGGAGCCGGGGAAGCCUGCCUGGGGUGAUUUCGUACACGUUCUUUUGGAGUAUCCCGAACCGGAUUCCGCUGGAUGCGGCGGCGGUGGUGGGAAUUUGGGAGGCAGUGAUGGGGCUGGAGUGGGAUGCGACGUAUAGUGCGUUUAUGGAGAUGGAUGUGCGGAGAGGGGAGGAAGAAGUGAGGCAAGGGACGGGAGGUGUGAAGGGGGGGUUUGAGGAGAGUUGUCGGAAUUUUGUGAGGGCGAUGGGGGUGGAGGUGCCUAAGGGGCUUGAGGGGGUGAGUGGGGAGGAUGAGAGUUGAUAAAUGAGAUCGGAG